AUGACAUUGGCCCAUCACCUAUCACUCAACGACGACUACAGCAUUGAGGCUACAGUCACCACCAAUGACACUAAGAUGCCGUCCUGUCCGGACGGCUUCUGUUCUAUACGCCGGAGGUCUACUCUUGGUACGGAGACCUCGGUCGGUAGCAGUUUGGAUGCUGCAAGUCCCCAUCAGAAGUUUGAGGAGUCUGUCUCUAACGAACGUGCCUAUCGAGCUCUGAAGAGGGAGAAUCAACCUGGCAGUCUAUUCGUAAGAGGACGCCAGACUUUGAUCAUAGACAGGCGUGAUAAGCACCGACAUGGUCCGGAGAAGCUAUUGAGGGAAUAUGAACUGCAGCGUGUGAUUGGAAACGGCUCGCAGGGGUCGGUCUGUGAGGCAGUGUGUCGCGCCACAGGCGAUCAUCGUGCUAUUAAAAUAAUCCCAAAAUGCAGUGCCGUUUUGAGCGGAGGAACCUGCAACACUGAAGAGGUUGCUAUCGUCAAUCGACAGAUGAAGCGUGAGGUCGGCGCUAUGGGGCGGCUUGAUCAUCCCAACAUAUGCAAAUUGUAUGAGAUUUACGAGGAUAGCAUGUCGUUCUAUUUGGUCAUGGAACUUUGUCGUGGUCCGGAGCUCACCGACUACCUCCUGGAAAAGCGCUAUCUCUCAGAACCAGAGGCGGCCCGCAUUCUCAAAGGUCUGGUCUCAGCGCUGAACUACUGUCAUAGUAAGGGCAUCAUUCAUCGUGAUAUCAAGGCAGAGAAUAUUCUUUUCUCUACCGCCUGUCCAGAGUCACCCGCCAAGCUCAUUGACUUUGGUUUCAGCGCUCAGGUUCAUCAGACUUCUUGUGCCUUGGGAAACCUCGAUGGUCAUCAGAGCCGUGGUGAGAUCAACUUGGGAUCUCGGAAAGCGUCUCGGUUCGAGCUCCGCUACUGUGGUUUGCCCAAGAUUGAUAUGGUCAGAAAUCAGCGAGAUGCUAUUGAUGACGCCCCUGUGGGUGGAAUAUCCUUGGUGAAUGAUUUUGGUAAGGAAGCUCAGAAGCUCCACGGUCUGGUCGGAACUCCGUAUUACGUGGCACCAGAGAUCAUCGCUGGUCAUGAGCACCAUCCUGGUAUGGACAUGUGGAGCUUGGGUGUCCUUCUGUUUGUCCUGCUCGGUGGCUAUCCUCCCUUCAGAGGAGCUACCACGGGUGAGGUAUUGGAAUCGAUAACAACAAGUCAAGGUGUGGAGUUCCCUGACAAGUGGUGGGGACAGGUUUCGGAGGAGGCGAAGGACCUUAUAAGAGGCCUUAUGGAAAAGGACUGUAGUAAAAGGUUAACAGCGGCUGAGGCUUGGGAGCACCCCUGGAUGAAGCGCUACCGGCCCAGCACCGAUUUGGUCUAUUUGAGUCCGGAGACCUUCGAGACCUACGUCCAUGCUAGCAAACUGCGGAAGGUUGCGGUUAACGCCAUCGCAUAUAAUUUGUCAGUGUGCUGUUGUUCUGAGUGGAUUCGAGAGAUCUUUAGGACGUUCGAGGCAUUAGAUAUCACGGGUUCGGGCACGAUAACAUUGCCUGAGUUCAGAAUUGCUAUGAAGAAAUCGAGACCCGAUAUGCAGCAGGCUAAAGUUGAUGAGCUUUUCGCUGGCAUUGAUACGGACGCGAGUGAUGCUAUUGAUUAUACGGAGUUUCUAGCAGCGGCAAUUUCACAGGUCACAUUCUCCCGCACUGAUCUGUGCAAGAAGGCGUUCCGGAUUCUGGACCGGAAACAAGAUGGGAAGAUAUCUUCAGACGAGUGGAGGCAAAUCAUGGGUACCACCACACAUGACGACGACUUGGAUGAACAAUCUAUAGCUGAGCUCAUACGGGAGUUCGAUAUCAAUGGUGAUGGCUUUAUCGAUUUCCAUGAAUUCCUUGCUAUGAUGCAAUCGUAUGACGUUGGUUCUUCGUUGCCUUGA